AUGCCUUCAAUCCCAGCGAGGAAUGACCACGCCCCUCAGCCGAACUACAUGUCCUUGAGCGAUACUGUUGGCCUGGCGAACGUAUUGGUUCGAAAACCUCAGUACAUCAGUUCUCAGCGAAACAAGAGCUUACAUUAUGAACACGAAGGUUUUAAUCUUGUAGGACCUCUCUGCCUUAACUCCAGCUGGCAGCCCAACGAGUUCGGACACCAGGAGACCCGUGACGGUGACAACCCCUGGGGAUUCUAUUACGUGCAGCUCCCCGACGGCCGCCUGCAGACCGUCAAGUAUUUCGUGGACGGUGCCUCUGGCUACGUGGCCGAAAUCAACUACGAGGGCGAGGCCAAUUAUCCCGAGUCCGUUGAGUUUGCUGAGUCAGCUGAGUCCCGCAAAUACAGACCUCCCAGGCCCCAGUAUGUUUAUGACUUCAGUGAGUCCAGGUGA